AUGGUGUCCGAGAAAGAAGAAGACGAGGAGACAAGCCGAGAAUCACCAUCAAACCUCAACGAAGCCAUGCUUGAGCAGAUUAAAAAGAUGAUGAUUGAGGAGUUUGAUCGGAGAGAGCAGAAUAAAGAAGGAAAGCGGAAGGAGCAACCUAAGGAUCUGGUAACAUCAAAGAAGAAACCGGUUGAGGAUCUUAGUGGUUACAUGAUGAUGAUUCCGCCAUUCCAUGGGAACAAUGAUCUGAAUGCAUAUUUGGAUUGGGAGAAGAAGUGCGAGAUUACCUUCAACCAACAUGACAUAGCUGACAUCAACCGAGUAAAAUUAGCAGCUAUGGAGUUCAAGUAUUAUGCUCUAAGUUUGUGGAAACAGGUUGAGACAGCACGAGCUUACAGUGGAGCUUAUGAGAUCUCUACUUGGGGAGAAAUGAAAAGGGUUAUGAGGCAGCGGUCCAAGAACAGAGACCAUGUUGCUAAGGAGCUCCCAAGUAAGGUGAUUCCUUCCUCUAUUAGUCCAAAGCCUCUGGCAGCAGAAAGAGUCAAAGAAGUGCCAAAGGAUCACGCAGAGAAAAGUUUAGGUGCCAAAGAUGUUUCGGUCCAAACCCCCUGUUACGAACUGCAAGGAAACAAGAAAGAAGAAAUUGUUUCAGUCUCUAACAAUGGAAAGGUACAAGCUAAAACUUCUCAAACUGUUUAUGAUGAUUCCAUGACUGGUAUAAUGCACUUGUCUUUCUCCACGAGGCGAGUUUUGGAACCCUACAGCGAGAGGGACUUCAAUCCAAAUAAGAGAACAACGAAACCAUUCAAAAAUAUAUCCAGGAUGACAGCUUUCAAAGAGUAA